GCGCUCGUAAGUGGCUGACUGUGACUCAGUGUGAGACAAGCCAGUUACUGCACCAUACUUCUGCUUUACUCUCAGUGUUCCAUUGCUACUUUAAUUUUGUUUUGUUUUCUUUAAUUUUAUUUUUAAAAUAUGCCAAAACAAAAGGAAGAACACUCGUUCCAGUUUCCUUCUUGUACUACAUUGAAGGAUUAUAUAAUCUUCUCCGGCCUGCUUAUUUAGUUUGUAGUCUAUUCUGGAUUUAGUUUGUUUGCUUGGAAACAGGUUCCACACCUUUUUACAGAGUUUUGACAUGAAGCCUGCGACAAGAGCUAUAAUUUUUUGAGGUCAGUACUUAACCUUUACUCGGUUCGCAUGAGUCCCUGUCUUCAGAGGAGAAAGAAGUUUGGCGCCAUUGAAUUCUCUAGCAUUGCCAUAAAAUACUUUGCUCUUUCCGGCCUCAACUGGUUUUGUGAAACUGCAAAGUUACCGCAGAAUUUUAUUUUUGACAGUUCCUGUGCUGUGGCGGGUUAGUGAAGGGAGGAACUCUCCCUGACCUAGUCGUCAUGAAAAUUAUGCCCCAACAAAAUGAACUGGUCUUCCAGUUUGUCACCAGUGGGAUAGACGACAUGAACGAGCUGGAUGACCCAUCCAUAUUCCCAGCAGUCAUUGUGGAGCCAGUGCCGACAGCCGACCCAAUGCAGGUCUACUCAGGCCUGGAAUCAGACGAGGUGCCCAGUAACAUCAUGGCUGAAAGUUCUCUGGGUGCCGCAGAGGAGCAGAUGGUGAAAGGUGACCUCGGACUGUCAGAAGAUGCAUGUGCUGACACUGGAGGGAACAUGGAGGCUGCAGAAACUCUACUAAAUAUGGAGCCACCUAACAACAUUUUGGAUGAAAAGCGUCUAAGUACGUUUUUUAAUGUUCAUUCUUUCGUCUCUGGGAUGGAUUCUGAACUUGGUUACAUCACAUUGCAAUCAGAACAUCUAUGCACUAAGGGUGUAGAUGAAGAGUUCUUGGAUGAAGUACCACAGAAGAAUAUUUCCAAACAACAACGGAAAAGCAAAGCGCGUAAAGCCAGAGUGCUGCGGCCAUGCUCUCCCAUCAUAAACCCCAGCCUGCCGCUCAAGAAGAGAAACAGAGAGGGCAAAGGAAACACUGUCUACCUGUGGGAAUUCCUCCUGGCCCUGCUGCAAGACAAAAAUACCUGUCCCAGGUACAUCAAGUGGACACAGAGGGAGAAGGGCAUCUUCAAGUUAGUGGACUCCAGAGCGGUGUCGCGGCUGUGGGGCAAACACAAAAACAAACCUGAUAUGAACUAUGAGACUAUGGGGAGGGCACUCAGGUACUACUACCAGCGAGGGAUCCUCGCCAAGGUCGAGGGCCAGAGACUGGUGUACCAGUUCAAGGAGAUGCCGACAGACCUGGUUGUCAUUGAAGAUGAUGAAAAUCUUGAAGCAGAAUAUGUCCCAGGCCAUAGAGGGAAUAGUGUGACAUCUCAUGGAAGGGCCAUCAACCAUGGGGCCUCCCGGCCUGAUCCAGGAAAAGCUGGAGAGAAGCUGCUGAGGUCUGCAAGGAGGAAACGGAGUCCCAACCAGAGGCACCUGGAUGAGGAAGACUGCCGAGCAGAACGUGGGCUGCAGCCAAACCAGGAUGCUUCUGCUCCAGCCACUGUGCAAAUGCCGAAGACAAUCAGUGUACCCGGCUCUGUUCAGGCCACAGUGCCCAUGGUGCUUACAUCGCGCUCCCAGGACGAUGGCAUGGUCACCCUGCAAACUGUACCCAUCUCUGCUGUUUUGGCCAAUGGGGGUGCGAGCCUUGCAUCCACACAGAGGCUCAUACUGCGCCCGAUGCCUUCCCACAUGCCCACAGCCAAGGAUGUGCUGGCUUUCCCAGCAUCCACAGUGGAUGUUCUCUCUGAUGACCCUCACUCCCAACAGCUACUGUUCACCACCCUGUGCUCUUCUAGCGAGGAACUGGUUGGCCCUGUGGCCCAGUCAGCCUCUCUAAGCAGCCUCAGCCGCCUGGUUAGCCUCAACGCCAGUGGGCAGGUAGCAGAGGCCAGUGGACAAUCUGAACUGGUGAUUGCAGCAGUGCUGAAAGAUGGUGAGAUGCAGGACCUGCAGAUCAAAGAGGACAUUUUGGACCCAAAGUACUUUCAGACACCGGGCCGUCGCACAAACUCCUCGGAGAAUGAGACCAGGGAUGGUGCAGGGGUCUCCCCGGAGGAUGUCAUGGCUGGUCACGCUCUGAAGGCAGAGCCAGAGGCCUUGGCGACUGGGGCCCCGAGGGAAUUAGCAGGCGCUGAGAAGCGGAGCAUCAUGCUGCUCAGCAGCUUGACGGAGGGCCUGACUCCUGUGAAGGUGCUGGAGGUCCAAGGAGAAGCCACACGUCGGCCCGAGCGCCAGAGGAAGGAGACUGAAGCCUUGCAGCAGAGCCUCCCGGUCAUUCCUGCUUCUGUUCACAUGGCUGCAUCUCAUUUCAGUCUGGAUCAGGUCCAGACGUAGAACAAACCCCGGUACCGUGCGCCAAAUGCACAACAUGUACAGGAAACAAUCCAAAAACAUAAUUUCUCUAGCAAUCUGCCCUUUCUUUCCUACAGAAGGGAAUAAAUAACUUAUUGCUUUUAAAAAGGCAUACAAUCCAGCCUUAAAAUGUAUUUGCUCAUAUAGUGCCUACAUUUGAAAUUAAGAAUUGAUUUCUCUUUUACUUUUUAAUGUUAAUUAUUACCUUCAGGGAGGGUAGCAGGAUAUACUCUGACUGAUUGCUCCCAUAUUACACUGAAUAAGAUUUUUUUUUUUAAACCAGGUUGUAUCUAUGAGUGCUAGUUAAAUGCACCGUCUCCUAGGCGGCACAUUUCAUUAAACUCUCUGCUUGAGCACUUUCUGAGUGGAUUGUGCUAUAUGGUGCAGUGAUGGAGAAAAAGAAAACGAAAGUGACAGACUGGGUAAAGUGACACAAGGUGUCAUGAAAUGCCUGGAAUAAAAUAUAAAUGUGUCACCUAUAGCAUGCCCAAAAGAACCUUCCACACGGAAAUGUUUGUUUCUAGUAUGAUGUCAGCGCCAGACAGCCCAAGUAGUCAGAACUAAUUUCUGGCUUUUAGAGAAAAGAAAUGGUGCAACCAUAAUUUGUCUGGAAGGUAGUUAGAAAUUCUGAGGAGGAGGAAGCUGUACUCCUGACAGUCAUGCACUGUAAUCUGUUUUUCCUGAAAGCACUUGCUUUAUAUGUCUUGUGAAUUUUGUGAAAUUGAUCACUAAUGUCUCUGUGAUUCCAAACAUCUGGAGAUCUGUGCCAAUUCCUAGGACAUUCCAGGAUUGUUUGGCAUACUUAGGCUGUCUGGUGAGGAAUAUUAUCUCAAAGAGAUAUAAAAAUUCACACUGUGUUAGGGCCCCUGAUCCACUGCUCACCUAAUUGCUUGUGUCAGUGAGGUAAAUUCCCAUGAGAAUGGCCUGGUCUGUCCAUGAAGAUAUGAAUUUAAAGCUGAAGACUUCCAGCUUAAAUUACUGGUUGAAGUCACAGUGAGAGCUUUAAAUAUUUUUUAUAAAAAAAGACAAAUAUAUGGGGGGGGGGUUCAUUUUUGUCAGGUUGCAAAUAUAUUUAUUUGGGUAUUGAAUGAUAUAAAGUAUAUUUUAAUAGUACAUUUUAUUUUUUCAAAAUAUAUAGAGGAAAUGAAUGUAAGGACAUGUGCAUGAAUAACAUUCCACAUUAUGAAAAUAUUUUUAAAUAUUCAUCACAAUUACGUGCAAAUGAAGCAUAAAUUCAGGGAUUUUUAUGUGGCGGAUUCUUAUUUGCUAAAUAUCUCUUGACAUUUGUAUUGCAGGUGUCUUUUCCAGCUUUAUACGACAGGAAUAACUUUACAGUUUUAUGUGACAGUGAUGAUAUGAACUGUAAAAAUGGCCUCGUAAUUCGGUAGGACGAAAAAAGAAUUCCAGUUGAUAAGUAUCCAUAUCCUUCACUGGUUUAAGUUUCUGAAGUGUAGGUCGGGUUAUAUGGCUUGAGUUGGACUGUUCAGCAUGUCGGUUGAAAGACAGGGUACUAGGCUCUCGGUGGGGGCUGCAAAUCCAAUGAGAGCUUCAGUGUACGUCGACUGCUAAAUUUGUUGCAAGAAAGUGUGGGCUGGCAAUUUAUUUUAUUUUUUGGAGAGAACCAGUUAAACUUACAUGCUUCAACAUACCAAAAUAUAUGUCAUUUCAAACAUACAUUAUAUUCAAAGUAGUGGCAAUGGUUGAAAUACCUUGCAUGCAGACAUGCCAUCUGCUAAUGUCUCCUAACACUCAGGUAGAAUGGGUACGACAUGAGCUUUUUUAUCAAAGCCUUAGUACAGCACUGCUCUUCAAUCAAAACUCAUGACUGAGAGCUUUGUAAUCUUCAGGGUAGCAUGUUUGUGGCACCAUGGCGAUGUCAUGGUAACAAGCGUCAGCUCUGAUUGAAGUGUGCUCCUAACACAAAGGCAUUUCCUGCACACUCAGACUAUAGCGUCUAGGCUGCUGCAGAGCUCUCACGUCUGUCUUCUCUGUCAUCGCUCAAAGAUGUAAUGCUGUUUUCUUUAAUGUGCUCACCAGAAUUUGCAAUCAAGUAUCGGAAGUAACGAUUUUUAAAAGAGAAAUUAAAUAAAAGAUGUCUCUUUAAGAAGUACACGAAAAGUGUGAAUAUGCUGAAAUUGCUGUGAAAUAUAUUGCUGAUUGUGUGUCACGGAGAAAUGCCAGGAUACUUUUCCAUUAUGUUUGUCAUUAUUACUGUCAUUUUCAGAUUUCUGUAUCCUCCUCAAAAAUGUUGUUUACAGCAAGAAAAUAAAUCAUUCAAACCAUG